ACUUCCAUCAUUUCUGACCAUCUUAAUCAUCUCCAGCAACCUCAUUAAGCCUGGAGAGCCAUCCGUUUUCAUGCAAAACGGAUGUCGCGGUGGUCGAUGCUAUGACUGAGGUCGUAACCGGCGACCGCACCAAGCUUCUGCAAUCAAAGCGGGCAGAAUGCAGUGCAAUCGCACGGUCGAGGAAGAGGAAGUUAUGUGUUUUGUAUGCCGUCGCGACAACUUCAGAUGGCCUUCCUCAGCGCAGCUUCGCCGACCCAGACGCGCCCCCUACUAAUCCUGCCGAGUCGCAUUUUUUGGACGGUUGCGACAUAUUACAAGGGAGGAAACUAAACGAGCUGAAUAUCCCUACGCGACCGCGAGAUCGAUCCGAUUACCCUUCUAUCCCUAGAGCCGGCGAUAGCUUCAUCUCGAACGAGAACGCGCUCUCUUCUGCCGUGAAUAAGAGGAAAGAUGUUGCUCCUAUCGUACGACCCGUUAUCUCGUCGCCAUCGGUGGCAUCGCGACCUGGAAUUGGCGACGGCCAGGCGAAUACUCACAACAAUGUGCCUGGCCAUGGAUCCGGAUUAAGACAGCCUCAACAUCAACACCCACCACAUUCUCAACCUCAACCUCAGUCUCAGCCCCAACCCACAUGGCCUAUCCAACCUAGUCAACCUGUUAACCGACCUACAAGACCUGAGCCCUCUGUUCCUGCCCCAGAAAAUGGUCAACCCCAACCGAGAUUUCCACCUAGCGAAAGAGCAGACAACCUCCCGAAAAACAGCAGGCCCGAUGGAGCCCCCAAACUGCCGGCGAACUUGCCUACGAGCUCGGUCUCUACCUCGCCCUCACUUCAUCAACCUCUGUCUCAAUCACAGGCGGCUCCAGGACGUAUGAACGAACAGCAACAACAGAUAUUACAACCAAGGCCCGCCCAGUUUGCGAAUGCACAACAACAGGUUACGCGUGGGGGGGAACCGAUGGAUAUCGAUGUGGCUCCAGUGAAGAAGCCUGAAGAGAAUAUUACUCCACAACCGAAUGCAAGUCGAUCCAGCGAUAAAAUAUUUCCUUCGAAUUCAGCCGCUCAAGCGACAACAGCAGCGACAACAACGGCAACACUGCCGACCGCAGCCAUUCCCGAUACGUCGAUAAAUACUAACCCAAAUCGUGGGGAUGUACCAUUUGCGGGCAGCGCGGAAACUAGGUCAAUAGGAAUGAAAGACAUGGCCCCAUCAAGACAAAGUCCACAGAAUUUAGUACCUUCUGGGUCAGCUCUGGCUGGAAAGUCUGAAAGCAUUCCGGAUCAAGUCAAACCCCCCCCGGUACUAGAGCCAACUAAUGCCGGAACAAAAGCGCCCAUUGUUGGCAAUGGUGUGAAGGAGUCGAGCGCUACCGUAAACUCACUUCCUACACCGAGGGGACCAUCGUCACCAGCAGUCGGCGCUGGGUCCCAUUCUGAGAAGCCCGUGGCACCAACUAUCGAGCCACGUGAGAGUAGUUCGCCAACAAAUGCACAACAGUUCGCGCAACAAUCAGCGCAACCUACCAAUAAUGCUUUCCAUGCUCUUCCGACGACAGAUAUGAGAAGCGACUCGCAGCGGACUGACUCGGAACCAACAAACCUAGACACAACUAACUUCAAUAAUGGCAUUCUUCAAGGCAGUGCAAAGAGCGAUGCUACUACUAUGGAGAAGGAGAGUUUGGUGGCGUCGAUGGACACUCCCCGAGCCACACCACAGAUCCCAUCUCAGGAACCCGGACGCUCGCCCACUCCAGCGCAACCAACCCAAGCGGAUCGCAGGCGGGCGAGUAGUCCUACAGGGGUCGCCCUACAAAAGCCAGUGGCGGAAAUACUAGGCGAACGGCCAAAGUCUAGGGGAGAAUCCGAGGUCGAUGAUACUGCAUUAAUAACUCCGACUUCUCAGUUCUCUAAGCAGCAUUCCCAGAGUCUCCUACAUAAGGCCAGACUUAAGGAGAAGAGUAAGCACUCUACGGUAAUCUUCGGCAAGCAACCGAAGCGCACUACCGAGACAGACAAGUCCCUCGUCCAAAAUCAACCGAAGACUGGUCAGAUGGCUAGCGAUGACUAUUUCACACCCCUCUUCGUCCAGGCCUUCACUACCAAUUCCAAGUGGAUGAAGCCUUUGGAUCAGAUUCUCAACCAAGCCCACAAGACACUCUCUACUCCUGAUUCCUACACCCAUAUAUUCGAUGCCCAAGCUUGCAAAGUCCUUAAGAGGGUUUACCACCUUCAGCAUCAUAAUAAAUGGUCUCUUCGUCAACCAAAACGAUGUCCAGAACCUACACGUCAGCCAUGCCACUGGGAUGUCUUACUAAAGGAGAUGAAAUGGAUGCGGACCGAUUUCCGCGAAGAACGCAAAUGGAAGAUGGCAGCCGCUCGAAAUCUUGCCUACUCGUGCGCCGAAUGGGUUGCCUCUUCAGCGGAAGAUCGCAAAGCUAUGCAGGUCAAUGCCAUCAUCCCUCCGUUAAUUUUAGCCGAUGUCGUCGAAGGGUCUACAGCUGACACACCUCAUCUCCAAAACUUAAAGGAGGAUCCAACACCGGAUCUUAUCCCAUCCGCUGAUUCAGAAUCGCCACUAGAACCUGAUGACGAGCCUCAUGAUCUUAUCCCUCAAUUUGUAGCGCCAUCGACUAUAUUCGCGUUGGAUAGUGACGAUGUCGUCUUUCCAAUUCAGCAGUCGCCUAGUACGGACCGCCUUUUGGAAGAGUUACCCCUAUAUGGGGCGCCCCUCAAAGUUCCCAAGCCUGACCUCAUAGCACCGGAAUAUGAUCCUGAUGCAUCAUGGAGACGGCCCGCAUUGCCGCUAAACAGAUUUGUAGAAGGUGUAAUGGAACUCACACCGACCGAGCCACCAAAGAAACGUAGUCGAUACCGUUAUGCGCAAGAAGACGAGGACGACGACGAAGUUGUCUUCGGUCAGCUCACCGAUAGCCAGCCUCAACUAGAACCACAAAACCCCGAUGUUGCGCUAUUCAGACCAGAAAACAAGAGUUUCAGAGACAGGCUACACGCCGGCCAUCAAUUCCGCCCGCCUAAUGAGCAUACUAUGCCUUUCCAAUCGUUCUACGAGUCUCGAAGUCCCUCUCAGUGGAUACAGUCCGAAGACGACGAGCUAAAGGGUCUCGUACGCGAAUACUCUUAUAACUGGUCUUUGAUUUCCAGCAUCCUUGCUUCCAAGUCUAUGUUCAGCUCCGGGGCCGAGAGGCGAACUCCGUGGGAGUGUUUCGAACGCUGGGUCAUGCUUGAAGGGCUACCUCACGAUAUGCAGAAGACACAAUACUUCAAGUUGUGGCAGGGUAGGAUUGAGGCAUCUCAGCAGGUUAUUAGGCAACAUCAAGCUGCAGUGCAACAACAGGCAGCCCAGCAACAACAAGCAGCUGGCACUAACGGUCCAGUUACGCCCCUUCCUAAACGACGCUAUAACGUACCGCUAAAGGUAGAGAGACGCCGCAACCAGAAGCAUCUUACGAUGAUAGACGCGAUGAGGAAACUAGCAAAGAAACGUGAGACGACGAUCCAAAAGACGCAGCACGCGGCUUCUCUUGCAGCAAUGAGGAAACCCAGCGAAGCACCCCAACCAAGAGCUCCGACGAAAACACCGAGAGAGUAUAGUAUCAUGCGAUAUGAGCGGGAUCAAGCGAUGGCCGAGAGACUAGCUGAGAGGAUAGCACAGCAACAACGCCAUGAGGCCCAACGCAGAGCUGCCUUGCAACGCGCACAACAAGGACAGGCAGCUCAAAUGGCAGCUGCGCAAACUGCAAACCAGCUCUCGCAGAAUAAUCCUCAGAUGGCAGCCUCUCAUCCUCAUGCGGCUAUGAAUCGUGUCAAUGCUCCUAACCAGAUCCCAAUCAAUGGCCAAAGACGUCCGCAGAUGCCAAUACACAACACUCCAAAUGGUACCGGCACGCCUAAUCACAUGGGCGGCGGGCUCGUUCCUCCUAUGCAGAUGAAUGGCACUUCUCAGAUACAAAUACCUGCGGUUAAUGGCCAAUCACGGAUGGCGAUGCCCUCCCCUCAACCAGACAUUCAACUACUGCUACAAGCACAACAUAUCUCUGAACAACAACGCCUAUCGGUACAGAUGCGGCAACAGCAACAGCAACAACAACAGCAACAACAGCAGCACCAGCAUCAGCAGCAUCAGCAGCACCAACAACAUCAACCUCAACAGCCUCAACAGUCGCACCAGUCACCCCCGGGGAACAUGCCUUUACAAAGUUCACCGCCCGCCAUGCGAGCUGCGAUGAAUGGGUUGAACCAAAAGAGUUACAUGAACAAUGCCCAGGCACAAGCAGUGAUGGCAUCGUUUAACACUCCAAAUGGAUCAAGGAUGUCAACUCCUCCAGUCCCAGGCCUUCCCAUGACAUCGCAAGCAGGCUCACCACGGCCGAACACUACUAUACCUCAGCAAACACAUCAGACAUACGUUUCACAGCUUCAGUCCAUUGAAAGCCAGAUCAGGCAGCAACACCCCAACACACCCCAGGAUGUAGUUCGUGAGAUGGCACGGCAACUUCUGAAUAACCGCCAUAACAAUCACAAUCUUGCGCAAUCUGCGAUGAACGCCGCGGCCGGGGGGACAGGUCACGCAGCAGCAGCUAACGGGCCUCAUCAAUACGCACAACUUCUACGAGCGCAGCAACAGCAACAAGCUGCGGCUGCGGCUGCUGCUCAGGCUCAACAAGCACAAGCUCAAGGGGCUCAGCAACAUCAACGCAAUUCAAGCGGGAGUGCAACACCAACCCCGUCAAUACCGAAGUAGGAGGCCGGAAUAACA